GGGUGUUGGGUUUUAGAGGUGGGAGGUGGCUAAGGUAGUUUGAGAGAGAGAGAGAGUUGGAGAGAGAGGACCAAACCAUCAAUCAUCAACAAUCAAUGGAGUAUCAUAUCUUCUCUUUCCUAUCCAUCUUCAUCCUCUCCAAUCUUCAGUUUACCAAAUCAGCACCAUGCGCACUGAAUUUCAGUCUCUUCCCCUACGAAGCACGCAGCGACUGCUUCAACAUCCCCACAGGCUCGACCCCCCUUGAAACCAUGCACUCAUGCUGCCACUCCUCCCUCCAAAACAUCUUCGAGGCCAUGGCCGUAAGAACCAACGCCACUCGAACGGUCUUCCUAGACCCGACUGAAGCCCUUGAGUGCACCAGCACGUUUCAAGGCCUUCAUGUCCAAACCAACCUAUCCCAAUGCCAAUUCCAAGAUUUCAUUUCUUCGUCCUCGGACAGUACUUGUUCAAAAGAUGUCCGUUCCAUCUUAGAAUCACUUGGGGUGGAGAGAUUCGACGCAUUGAGAUCGAGCUGCAAGGAUUUGACCGUGGAUAGCUAUAGCGACAAUGCAUGUUUCAGCUGUGUGACUGAGUAUAGAAGAUCUUUGGAAGCUCUGGAAGAAGGGAAUGGAGGGGAGGUAGGGACAUGGAGCCAGAACGUGUGCCCCGAAGCUCUCCUUGUUAGCCUUGCAAGCUCGGAUGUGGGUUCUGUGAAUUGGGUUCGAGCUCUUUUUUCAUGUUUGUGGGAUGAAAUAUACUUCCCAUUUCCAUUGACAAUGGAAGAACACGAAAAAGGUAGAGGAUUUCCAUUCGGGUCGAAGAAACUCAUGAUCUCGAUAGCCAUAGCGGCCGUGUUAGCAGUAUUGGCUCCGAUCCUUUACAAGUUAACCAGAAAUCGAUUGAAAAAAGUGAGUCAAAAGGAAAUAGAAGAUUUAUCAGUUAUAGUCAUGAAGAAAUCACUUGAGGAUGAUUAUGCUAAUAUUCCAUUCAGCUUUUCCGGGUUGUAUAUUUUCUCCCAAGUAGAAAUCGCCAGAGCCACCGAUAAUUACAAUAUUUCCAAUUUCAUUGGAGAAGGAAGCAUAGGGAAAGUCUAUUUGGGAAUAAUGCCAAGUGGAAUGAAGGUGGCUGUAAAACGAUAUAAUGAGGAAAUGAAGGUUGAGAGUUUCGCGACUGAGGUCAGUAAGGUGGCUAAAGUGAGACAUCCAAACGUGGCCUCUAUAUUGGGUUAUUGUGAUAAAGAAGAACAAUGCUUGGUUUGUGAGUAUUGUGCUAAUGGCAACCUUGAAAGUUGGCUUUUGGGUGACUGGAAGUCGGAUGUGCUAACAUGGGAUCAAAGGCUACGAAUUGCAUACGGCAUCGUACAAGGCUUAUUGUUCCUAAGGAACAACCCAUACGAAAAGAUUAUUCACAGCGACAUAAAGCUGACAAACAUACUCCUGAAUGAGAAAUUCGAACCCAAGAUAUCAGAUUUUGUUUUAUCGAAUAGCAAAUGGACGGCGAUGGACAGAAAAUCCGACGGUCAUUCAGGAUAUGAGCUUGCGGUGCAACCGAAUGAUAUCGUUGGUUUUGGGGUUGUUCUUCUUCAGUUACUGACUGGAAGGAAGGUGGUUGAUUUCAUCGAUUCAAGACCGCGAUCUCUCGUCAAUGAGGCAAGGACUAUGGUAAUGAAAGGAGGAAACACCAGUUCAAUAGCUGACCCUAGAUUGAACGGUCUAUGUCACCCAAUUGCAUUUCAACGUCUUCUAUUGAUGGCUGUGUUUAUUACAGCUUCAUCUGAUCGUGACAGGCCCACCUUGGAUGAGAUUCUGCAUAAAAUCCAAGAAGCUCAUUCUCUCACUUGAAUAUAGGUAUGCAUUUCGAUUCUAAGGAAAAUGGUGCAAUCUGCAGACCUUUUGUAUUGGUUUUUUUAUGUGCACUUGAAUAUUCACGAUUCCCAUCAACGUUCGUCUGUCAUUCAUGUAUAUGUAAUAUCUAGAUCAUG